UCAGGGUCAUUAAAGGUCAGCAGGCUCUGAGGUAAAAGUGAGGUGUGCGGGUGACGCUUAAAGGUACAUAGAGAUUACUAGGUUUCUCUCUAGUACCCGAAAAUAAGAUGAUUCUAGCCGAGAAAGUUUUGCCCGCGCUCAAGGACACUCCGGUCGAACGGCCUACCGGCCUAGCGGGCGCCAUGUUGACCCCGGCAAUUUAAGUAGACGACGCACGGCUGAGGCAGGCUAGGAAGCGUCGACGCGGUGACAUCACAGACCUGCGCGGAAAGGCGGUACCAAACUCAUCCACAGGACCUUCCUGGGCGGGCUCUCAGCCUGCGGGGCCCGGCCCUGAUAGGCGGAGCCGAGUGGAGUGACGGCCCUGCCCCGCCUCCUGGUUGAGGCGGGGUAGGGUAGGCAGCCUUAACACCAGAGUGCUCCGGGACAGCGCUGCUAGAAUGAAGCACAUCAACCUGUCCUUUGCAGCGUGUGGAUUUCUGGGCAUUUACCACUUGGGGGCAGCAUCUGCACUUUGCAGACAUGGCAGAAAACUCUUGAAGGAUGUCAAGGCCUUUGCUGGGGCUUCUGGCGGGUCCUUAGUUGCUUCUGUCCUGCUAACAGCACCAGACAAAAUAGAGAACUGUACCCAAUUUACCUACACAUUUGCCGAAGAAAUUAGAAGGCAGUCUUUUGGGGCGGUCACACCUGGUUAUGACUUCAUGGCCCGACUGAGAAGCAGAAUGGAGCUGAUUCUUCCUGCCAACGCUCACGAGUUGGCCCAGAACCGCCUGCACGUAUCCAUCACCAACACUAAAACCAGAGAAAAUUACUUAGUCUCAAAUUUCUCCUCCAGGGAAGAUCUCAUUAAGGUGCUCUUAGCCAGCAGUUUUGUGCCCAUUUAUGCAGGACUGAAGCCAGUGGAGUACAAAGGGCAGAGUGACAGCCACCAUUCAGCAGCAGGGAACAUGGGGCCAAGAGCUGUGACAAAGAUGGAAACGAUCUCACCCACAUCCCUUGACCAUGGACAAAGCCCUAGGACAAUAUCUUGCUCAUCAUUUGGUGUCUGUGCAUAGAAGGCAUAUUAUAAUUACUCAUUGAACUGUUGAACCUUGUGCCUCCUUAAUGCAUAGUUUUCCUUCGUUGUAUAAUGGAGCCAGCUCCGUGCACACAGCGAGUGACAGAGAGCCACAGGGACCUUGAGUCAUUUAUAAUGUCAGAAAGUGACAGCUCGGGAGUAUCCUUCUCCACUUGUUACUGAUUCCCUAUAAGCAGGAUCACCUCCCACAGUCUAAUGGGGUUUACACACCAAGUUAUUUUCUACAGUUUUUCCUUUUCCAUUUUCAGGGAAAUGUGAACUUUGCUUUAAAUAUGGUGUUUUCCAGUGGGUAAAAGCUUUUUGUGUGAUUUAAAUUACAUAAAAAUUUUCAAUUGUGCUGAAAACAUCUCUCAUGUUCUAGAUUCUGGAGUUUUCUGGAGCUCAGGUUUUGAUUUGUUUGUUGGCUUUGGUUGUUUUUCUAAAUGGAGGAAGGUGGAGGUGGCUGAAGGGGAAGAAAGGCCCUUGGUGCUGGUUACGUUUGUGGCACAGUCACCCAAAGUGGAGAGAGUGAGCAGCCACCAAUAGCAGCAACGGCCACCUUCUUCUCUUGUGACUUUUGUUAAAUAGGUAGACCUCUUUGUUUCCACCGCUGUUGUGACUUAAGUAUUAAGCAUACAGGAUUUUAUUAGGAUUCAUUUGUGUAUCCAAUAUUUCUAAUCGCUUAGAAUUAUCUACUUUAGCACAGACCACAGCACAGACAGUAUGAGUCCUGUCGAAACCUCACCCAUGGAUAGGAGUAGUAUGAUGUCUUUAAAAUUACUUUAAAAAAAAUAUUAAUGUAAAAGUUUGUGUAAUUUUCUCUGGCUUCAUCUUAUGACUGUUUUAGCACUUGUGAUAGUUAUGCAUUACUAGUGGAAUUAGUGAAUGGAUGGGAGUAAAUUGAAGUCAAGUCUUAUAUUUUCCUGCAGUGCGUAUGGACUCUUUCCAGUGAUAGAAUCAACCACAGGAGUCGUCACACCCUUAGGCCAUAUUUUCACAGACUCUUGUCAUCAAUUUAGAAUAAGAAUGAGAAAUUUGGAGGGAAGUGCUUAACUAAUACUUUUUGAAGAACAUUACUGUUAGCAGGCGAUUAAAAUAGCAAAAUAGAAUUAUCUCUAGAACUGAUAUAUGUAGAUCAGAAGAAAAAGAUGGAGGAAUUUACAUUGUUUUCGUUUGUCUAAGUUAGAAUUCAAGUAUUAUUUUGACUCUGUAACAUAAAGACUAUCAAUAAAGAG